AUGGGAACUUCACAUUCUGUGGUUACGGCUCUUCAAUCACUCUUAAGGCAACAUGAAUUAAAAGUUCCCACCAAGACUUUGCAGAGGUUUGUAAAGGAAGUGGAUCGCAUAGCUCCCUGGUAUAUCUGCUCAGGGUCACUAACGCUCGCUUCCUGGGACAAACUGGAGGGUGAUUUGCUUAGAGAACAGCAGAAUGGGAAAUUAAUGCCUGGAACUAGACCACUGUGGAAGCUAGUUAGGUCAUGUCUACUGGAUGAGAAAUGCAGUCCGGCUAUAGCGACAGGCCAGGGGGUGCUAGAAGACCUUCAGAACAGCAUGUCAGAAUCAGAGUGGAAUAAGAGAUUGAGAGCUCGCAGAAAAAAGGAAAAAGGUAUACCAGAAGCAUCAGGCCCUUCCAAAGACUCGCAGUCUGCGGAAGAGAGAGAUAAGGGGAAGAACACCCUGGGUGAGAUAUAUAUGAAGAAAGAUAGGGAAAGACAUACCUUAGAAGAGAAAGGUAGGGAGGGAACCAAGGCUCCAGAAAGAAAACCCCUGUAUCCGGUACAGGAACUGAAAGCCUUGAGAAUUGAUAAUUGUGAGCCAGAGGAACUCAGCUCCUCUGAGGAGGAAAUCUCAGAUAAACAGACAGCCUACUAUGAUAAGCAGCUGCCGCUUGCCCCUCCACCUUAUGUGGAGAAGCCUUAUGUGGAGAAGCACUGCUCAGAUUCCUUCCUGUCAAAGGGAGAUAAGAAAAAGUUGUUACAGGCUUUUCCGGUGUUUGAGGUUGCGGAAGGAGGUCGAGUCUAUGCACCGGUAGAAUAUGGUCCCAUUAAGGAACUUGCUGAAUCAGUUAACAGAUACGGAGUUGAUGCUAAUUUUACAGUAAUGCAGCUUGACAGACUUGCCACUAUGGCUAUGACUCCGAAUGAUUGGCAAAGUACAGUAAAAGCUGCUCUCCCUAAUAUGGGACAGUACAUGGAAUGGAAAGCCUUAUGGCAUGAUGCUUCUCAAGUACAGGCAAGGGCCAAUGCCAAUACAGAAGGCAAUCAAAGAGAGUGGACAUUUGAAUUGUUAACAGGACAAGGACAGUAUGUUAAUGACCAAACAAAUUACGACUGGGGAGCAUAUGGCCAAAUUUCAGCUGCUGCUAUUAAAACAUGGAAGGCCCUCUCCAAGAAAGGUGAGGCCGGGGGACACCUAACAAAAAUAUUACAAGACCCCCAAGAGCCAUUCUCAGACUUUGUGGCUAAGAUGACAGAAACAGCAGGCAGAAUUUUUGGAGACCCAGAGCGAGUCAAACCAUUGAUAGAACAACUGGUGUAUGAAAAUGCCUCACCAGAAUACAAGGCAGUCAUUACCCCUAGAAGAAACAAAGGGUUAACAGACUGGAUAAAGGUUUGCCGAGGACUUGGAGGCCCUCUUACUAAUGCUGGCCUUGCAGCGGCUAUCUUACAAAGCCAAAACCGCUCUAGUCCUGGCAGCCGUAAAGUCUGCUAUAACUGUGGCAAACCAGGUCAUUUGAAACGAGAAUGUCGUGCUUCCACACAAAAAAGAACUCCAGGGCUUUGUACAAAAUGCAGAAAAGGUUAUCAUUGGGCUAAUGAGUGUCACUCAGUUAGAGAUAUUCAGGGAGAGCUUAUUCAACAUGAUUCCCCACCAGUGGGAAGAGAUCAAAGUAUUCCAAAAAACGGAUUUCAGGGCCCCAGAUCCCAGGGCCCCAAAAAAUAUGGGACACAUAUCAACAACCAGAGGACACUUCUAGCCACAGAGCUACAAGAGGCUCCCCAGGAUUGGACCUCUGCUCCACCUCCUGAUUCUUAUUAA